AUGCAAGUCGAAACAAUUAAGUCUGCAUCUGAAGAUUCUCUAUCUUAUUCAAAUAAUGAUGAAGAUGUUCAUAAUGAAAUUGAAAUAUCGAUCGACAGUAUUGAAAAUAUUAUCAGGAAUGAGAGUUUCCUGAUAAAAAUUGUAAUAGAACACGAAGAUUUACUAUUAGGAGAAAGUGACACCAUUAAAAUAAAUUCUAGUUAUAAAAAUUUAAUUAAGGUUUAUCCGAUAGAUUUUAAAAUUUCUUUAUCUUAUAUACCUAACAAUACGAGCAGCAUUGCCCCACUCGUAUCAACGCCUAUUUUGAUUAAGAUAUUUGAAAUUUUGGGGGACAAUGGCUCAUCAAAACCAAAUAUUGAAUCUAAAGAUAAUGAAACAGCCAAUGAAAGAUCAACGUCUGAACUAGAAAGUAGUCGAAAACUUUAUGGAAUGUGUAAUAUCGAUAUGCUACCGAUUAUUUUAGGAGAAAUAACGUUUAGUGAGAAACUUCUAGUUCAGAGUCCAUCCUAUACUUGGGAUCAGAAUAUCGUAUCUUGGGAAAAUUUAUCUAGAAUAUCAAUAACGGUGCAGCAAGACGAAAUAAAAAUUUUGGAAGAUAUAGAUUUUAAUUUUUUGAGUAUCACAAUUGAAAGUAUGUAUAAUUUGCCAGAUAAUUUUACCAACAGCAUGAACUACAAAUGUGGUACUAUAUUAUAUCCGCAUAAAAACGUAAAGGAGUCUUGUAUUAUUUUCGAUGAUGGCACGUGGACCAACAUUUCUAAUGUUGAAAAGAUGAAAAGCUGGAGAUCUUUACAGGACGUACAAAGUCGCGCGCGCUUAUCCAAAUACAAAAUCGAUUCCGAUUUCAAUAAUAUAAAAAAUGACUUCAAGUCACUCAACUUAAAAACAAUCAUUGAACCAAAAAAUAAAAGAAUCAAGUGGAAUGUUAUGAACAGAAGUUUCUUAGAUAAAAAGAAUAUCGAUCGUUUAAAGGAUCGACUGAAAAAGUACAAGUAUUGGCCAUUUGAAGUUAUAGUUAAAGAGAACGUUGAUCCGUCUGAAACGAAAAGAGAGAGUACCGAGGAAGUUAUUUAUCAAUUUUACGCUGACAUUAGUCAACUUAUCUUUCCCGGACAAAAAAAGGUACGCGUCUUAUCGCAAAUACAUAUGCAAAGUUUGGCUGAGAUGAAAGAAAAAACCGGACUAGAAAUAAGCAUUUUUAGCAAUAAAUCGUUAGAAGAUUGUGAGUUGCAAUCAGAUGAAAUACCAAGUACAUCGGAUUGUUCAGUUUAUGGUGAAAACGGAAAACCUGUUUAUAUUCUAGUAGAAUUCGAGCUAUACAAAACUCUUUUUCCUGCUCGGAUUUUAGAAGAUUUCACGAAAGCCACGGAGAUUUUGAAAAAUAAGCCAAAACCAAAUAAGCCAAUUUAUUUGUAUACCCCCGAUUUGGUACACGAUCAAUAUAUCAAAUGUAUCAAGCAACUUGUUGACGUUCUUGAAGAAAGUUAUCGAGACGAUUUGACUCGCUUUAAACAAUAUCUACACGAGACUGGAAAAUAUUUAUCUAUGCAAAGCACUUUAAAGAAUAAAAUUAUUAAUUUAUUAGACCAAAAGUUCCCACUCAAUUCAGCUGAUUGCUUUUCAACAAAAAACCAAGAUUUUAUAGUUUCGUGUUACUCGUAUUUGGUGGAACAAAUGCACAUUGCACUGAAUACGAAACUUGAUGUUCGUUUUGGCGAUGAGUACAUUGAUCCGGAAAAUCCUGAUGAACUUUGGAUCCGUGCCGAAGAAGCAUACGAAUAUAAACAUUACGACAAAGCUAACAAACUAUUGAUAAAGAUUAUUUCAAAUGAUCGAAGUAACGCAAGCUCAUGGGUGAAAUAUGGGAUCUAUUUGCUUAAAAUAUCGAAUAAUGACGAAGCAAUCGAAUGUUGCAGAGAGGCAAUUCGAUUAAAUAGCCGUCAUAAAAUAGCAUUACUUAUGUACGGCAUACUUCUUGCCAUGAAUGAAAAUUAUUCGGAAGCUGAAAUUUUCAUUAAAGCCGUAACCCUUUUUUAUCCAAGAUUCAGUGAAGGUUGGGUAAUUUUGCAUUUAUUAUACGUAAAAACUGAAUAUUAUCCAGGUAUCGAUAUAACUUUACAACUUGCCGAAAAAUGCUUAAAGGAUAGAAUUCCCGACAAAGAUACUAUGGAGAUUUUAGAAAAAGAACCAAUCGCAUGGUCAACUAAUCUUUGCAGUGAAAAUAGAAUUUUUAUUUUGACAGCAGUGCUGUUACUCAAAUUAAACCUUUAUAAUUUUGCAGGCUUGGCUUUGACUCAAGAAUUAUCUCUUAGACAGAAAUCAGUUGAAUUUUUAUAUUUUUUUAGCGUUAAUGCUUACUUAAAUCGCAACUAUGAAAUUGCGCUGGACUAUUUAAAUCAAGCGGAAACAAUUAUUGGCACCGAUUACAGCAUAGCUGCUUUAUUGGGACAUGUAUUUUACGAAUUUGGAGACAUGAACGAAACGAUAAAAUACUAUGAAAUCGUCGAUAAGCUGUACGAAAGACCGGAAAAUAUUCAUUUGGUGCAUCUAAGAAUGGGUUUUUACUUCAUAAGCAAUCGACAAUACGAGCGUGCAAGAAAUAUCUUUUCACGCGCCUGCAAACAGGCCUCAACUUGCAAAAUUUGGCUGGGAUUCGGCAUAUCAAAUUAUCAUCUCGAGUAUUACGAAGAAUGCGAAGCCGCUCUAAUCGAGGCCAAUAGAAUCGACGACGAGGAUCCCGAAGUCUGGGCUUACUUAUGCUUAUUAAGUAUAUCGUUGCAUAGAUACGACGAGUUCACUCAAUGUUACAGACAGACGGUUAAGAACAAUCUUAAAAAUGACGAACUUUGGCGGCUUAUAACACGUACAAUGGACACUUUUAACUAUACGACACCAUUUGUAUUCGAUGAUCCAAGUAAAAAAUGUACUUGUACAGCAAUGUCGUGGGCUAAACAAUAACAAUUUUUUAAGGUGUUCAUUUCUCUCUCUCUCUCUCUCUC